CUACAGAAAACGGUCAGCAGAGGGAGCUAUGCUCACAUAAUCCUCACAUACUGUGCUUUUUCCUUUGUACACCACAGCCUCACUUUAGCCUUACCUGUACUCUCACUGUUCCAUUCCUGCAGUGAGUGCAAACACAAUAUCUCAUGACAGAGUAAGACGUGAACUGAAAUGAGUAACUGCUAUGUCAUAAAGUAAUGAAUAAGCACUAUUUACUGUGUGUCUGUUGUUCUAUUUAUAUUUUUUCACAGUGAUUCUAACACUGUAUCUUCACAGAAAGGCAUAAAAGGAGUAACUGGCACAAUGUAGUGAGUGAGUGAGUGAGUGAGUGAAUGAUCCUUUAAGAUUUGACUUGUACCUGUAAGACAGUACUGAGGGUAGUAUGGCACUACUUGCGCGUGCUUGCGGAAGGGCAGCUACUAUCUCGUGGCCACGCCCCUUAAAAACAACACACAGUGGACCUGGACCAGCCAGGGACAGAAGUGAGUCCUCUACCAGAGGUCAGGGGUCCGGCUCCAGGACAGACAGACAGACAGACAUGGCCCAAGCGAACAUCUCGGUGACGGAGAGCCAGUUCAGGUGUCCCAUCUGCCUGGACAUCCUCAAGGACCCGGUGUCCAUCCCCUGCGGUCACACGUACUGCAUGGCGUGCAUCAACAACUACUGGGACCAGGCGGAGUCGAGCCAGUUCAGCUGCCCUCAGUGCCGGGAGGCGUUCAGCCCGCGGCCGGUGCUGCGGAGGAACACGGUGCUCGCCGAGGUCGUCGAGAAGCUCAAGCUGAGCGAGGUGCCCGCGGCGCCGGAGCUCUACCUGGUGGGUGUCGGGCAGGUGCCGUGCGACUUCUGCCCCGCGGAGGGGAGGCUGAGGGCGAUGAAGUCGUGCCUGGUUUGCCUGGCGUCCUUCUGCGAGCUCCACGUUCUGCCACACCGGGAGGUCGGCACGCUGAGGCGGCACAAGAUGGUGGCUGCGGUGGAGUGUCUGGCGGAGCGGCUGUGCGCUCAGCACCGGCUCGGUCUGGAGCCCGCGGGCACCGGCUCCGAGGCGGAGGCCACGGGGGAGUGGACCGGGGACUGUUUGCUGUGCGAGGCCGACCAGGAGGAGGUGCACAGCGUGGACGCCCAGAGAGCCAGAAGACAGCUGCAGCUCCAGGAGUCUCAGAGGAUGAUGCAGGGGAGGAUUCGUAUCGGAGAAAGGGAGAUAGAGGAGUUUCAGCAGAGCUUGGAGUCCCUCAAGGUGUCUGCGUCGGCUGUUCUGGAGGACAGCGAGGCUCUGUUUGCCGACAUGGCGCUCCGCUUGGAGAAAUCCAAAGCAGAGGUCCGAGCGAGGCUGGAGGCGAAGGAGCGAGCAUUGGUGGGUCGGGCCGAGCGUGACCUCGAGAUGCUGGAGAAGGACGUGGAGGAGCUGAGGAGGAGAGACGAGGAGAUCGGUCAGCUGCUGCAAACGGAGGACAGCGCACACUUUUUACAGGUAGCUCCACUGCUGUGUGUCCCUCUUACUGCUGGCCGCCACUCCAGAGCGCUCAGCCUGCCCACAGAGGCCUUCAGCGGAGCCAGGAGAGCGCUGUGUCACUUCCGCAGCCGGAUAGAGGAAGUCUGCAGGGAGGAGGUCGACAAAGUCAGUCGCGCAGUCAAUGAGAAUUACGUGUCUGGUGGAGAUUGCGUAAAAGGUGGUAGAAAUCUGUGUGUGGAGAACACCAAACCUCAGCAAAUGCAGCCGACUGCAGGUCAACAUGGUACCACUGUGGCAGUGCCGGUGUCAUUCCCUAUGUCCCCUUUGUCUCUGCAGCCGGCUGAUCAGAGGAUGAGGGCAUCUUUCCUUAGGUUUUCAUGUCAUCUGUCCUUGGACCCCAAUACGGCCCACCCUACUCUGAGUCUGUUGGAGGGGCUCCAGGGUGCCCACUGUGGCGAGGAGCCCCAGUCCUACCCCCCUCACCCACAGCGCUUUGAUUCAGUGGCUCAGGUUCUGUGUCGGGAAGGCCAGUUUGCUGGUGCCAGCUACUGGGAGGUGGAGUGGAGGGGCGGAGGAUGGAUCGACAUUGGCGUCACAUAUCGGGGUAUCGGACGCAAAGGCGGCGGAAAACCCUGCCUGCUUGGCCGCAAUGAGAACUCCUGGCGGCUGCGGUGUACGCAUGCGGGAUACGCCGCCUGGCACGACAACCGUAAGACCACUGUGGCUGCGCCGCCCUGCCCCAGGAUCGGUGUCUUCCUGGAGCGCCAGAAAGGAGUGUUAUCCUUCUUCAGCAUGUCAGACACAGUGGUGCUCCUACACACAUUUCACUGCCUGUUCUCACAGCCGCUGUACCCGGCCUUCCGCCUGGACCUGGACUCCACGCUGCUCAUCUGCCCACAAGGUGGAGGCAAUGGAAACCCAACUUAACCCUGCCUUUUCUCCGUAUCUGGGACCCUUUACUUGAACCUGCUGUCACUGAAAUCCUUUAGUUCAAGCCUGUGUUUAUUAGCUCGAUAGCUACAGCUAUCGCUGAUCUAAAGUGUUUUUGUCUGUGACGUGGGUCUCUCAGUCUCAGGGUCUUGACACUAAAGCUGCACUCACACAUACGUGGUGGAGUCCUCAAAACACUGCUAAUUACCUUUAAAUAGGGCUGUGUCACUGUGUUGCCGUGGUGCAUCAUGCAUUCACUUCACUAAUUCACUUUGCUGCUAACGUUAAGAAACCUUUAGUUUUGCAUGCAGCAGUGCAAGGCUAAUCAAAUCGAUGUUAUGCAAAUAUCCCGGCACGGCCGCUUCAAUCUGUUUUGUGUUUUUACGCCCAAACAGAGCUCUCAAACAGGACUGUUCUCCCCCAUUGUCGGGUGUUUUUUCGGAUAGUUCAACCAACUGUGGAUGUCGUCGCUGUCCCUUUAGCAACAUUAGCAUGUCUUGCUUCACUGAAACUGUUCUGCUAACGCUGCGAACAGCCGCCUGCGGCACCAGGUGUAAGACAAGCUUACCUCAAGCAUUAAAGUGAAGAGGCACACGUUUCUUUUUCUCUCUUCUCUCUGUGUCUUGUGACAAUAUUCCAAAAAUCAUGGAAUCUGGAAUCACGGUGUCUCAAUGUAGAGGGCUUACUUCAGGGGCUGAACUGAAAUGAGAGGAUCUGUGGGGGGGGAACUAUUUAAAAUCUCCAGCACUCAAUGAAUCCUGGGACCCAUUUGGCUGGGAAUGGAUGGGACACAUUUUAUCAGCCACAUUUGAAGUAGUCUGUGAAAUGGAAUGGCUGAGUUGUGGUGUUAUGGUACAGUGAGCCUUCAAAUGUAGACUCUGAAGGAUGCAGCCUAUGACUUACUCAUCAUCAUCUUGAAAUGCCCAGGCAUUACUAACCAUUAUAUUUUACAAAGGGUCCAUGCUACUCAUGAAUCCCAGUAAUCAACAAAAAGGCAACAUGCCUGAAUCCUGAAUCCUGAACCUGAAACACCUUAAUAGAAUUCAACCUAUUCACUAAUGUGCUUUUCCAACUAUGUGACAUGUAAGAAUGUCCUCUGUGAAAUAAUGUAUCCACUGCUUACAUUGUCUUUGUGUUUUUUUUUUAGCUAUUUAAAUAUGUAGCACCUGUGAUUACUUGGAUACCCACAGCAAAGAUAUUUGACACGAGAAACCUCCGUCAGUUUAGAAAAUUCUGUGUACAGUGACUAAAGCGGUAGAUUUACACUUAAUUGAAAUGCCAUAUUUUAGUUGUUGUUGCUUUGGAUCAUGUCUGUUGUGUUUUCCUGUAACUUGAGAGAGUUUUCGGGUACGACCUUUCACAGGUUUGUCUUCAGGAAUCUCCAAAAAUUAAGUUCACCAUGUUUGAAAUGUGCUUGAACAACUUAUGUCUGCGUGAAAAACUGUUUACAGAACUACCAAAACUGUUCGAAAAUUUGUGUCCGGGCAUUUUCUGUGAAUUUUCUGGAGAUUUCUGUUAUAUUUUCUAUGUGGUCUCACUCAACGUUUGCUUUCUCACACACAGCUAAUGCAAACAUUCGAUUAGCUUAGCCUAGCGGAGACUGUUUGUAGAAAGAAAUAGUUAGUGUAGCAGUGUCUGUCUAACAACAACAACAGAAUCCCAUUAAUUAAAGGCGCAACGUGUUUUUACUCUUUUUACGUUUAAUAAUAGUCCGUUUUUAGCUGAUAACUGUUUUAGCUCAAGUUUCUGUUGCCUCUGGACAGAGCCAAGUUCCUUCUGUAUGCUAAGCUAAGUUAGCUUUGGCAUCAUAUUUUAUAUACAGUCAUGAAAAUUGAACAUUUCCACUUCCUGUUUGACUGUUUAUGGGUUUAUGACAUCAUCUUCACCAUGAAGCCAUUUUUGAAUGGUGCGGCUCCAGAGGAAUUGCAAUAUCUUGACGAAGCACUGUGUGAGUUUUUCUUUCUGUCAGGGAUAGAAAAUACAAAAUAAUAGAAUAGAAUAGAAUAGAAGGCAUUUCUAUUCUAUUCUAUCAGAGUUCAAUACAAUCUACUUCUUUUCCUUUACUACAUUUAAGGGCAUGUGUGUUCAAAAGUCUUCAAUAAUAUACAGGAAACCCUCUGUAUUUAGCAGGCCCAGAAAAAAGUUAUCUUAAUUAUAUUAGGCAGAUCAAUCUUUUUUUUGCCAUCAAGUGCUUUAUUCCGCAAGCUGAAUGUCUAUAAUUGAAUCCAGUAGCAUUUUCACUGUGCUAUUGAUUUUGUAAUAUGAAAUAUGUCAAAUAUGUUGAGUUGGCAAUAAAAUGAACCAGGUCUGAA